UGAAGAGGGACACCUUAUGUACCCAAGAAUCCAAACGGGAAUGACACACCGCAUCUUUUGGUUUGUUUUUUAUUUCGGGAACAGUCAAGCCUGCAUUUAUCUUAACUUCUGACUUUUUACAGAACUCCAAGGAGCCGUACUCUAACUUUCAACACUCGCUUUUUAAAGAUCCGGCGUCUUUUCCAUUUGGAUACAGUCAAAUCAGCGCGCUCUUGUUGCUGUUGACCAACACACACACACACGCGCGCGCGCGCGCGUUUUGGAGUGCGCUCGGGGUUUGUUUUCCACGCUUUUCGUGUUUCGGGCGUUUUUAGGGUGAGGGGGGACUUUCAUUCACCCGAAAAAAUGCCACAAUUGUCGGGUGGUGGAGGUGGCGGCGGGGACCCGGAGCUCUGCGCCACCGACGAAAUGAUCCCGUUCAAAGACGAGGGAGACCCGCAGAAGGAGCAGAUCUUCGCGGAGAUCAGUCACUCGGAGGAGGAGGGAGACCUGGCGGAGAUCAAGUCAUCUCUGGUCAACGAGACAGAAAUCAGUCCCAACAGUCACGACGCAACUAGACAGUCCCAAAUACCACCAGACUCUUACCAUGAGAACCUUAGGGACCAUCCGGACGAUGGCAAGCACCAAGACAUGUACAGUAAAGGGCACCCAUACUCCAGUUACCCAGGAUACAUCAUGAUGACCAAUAUGAACAAUGAACCUUAUAUGAACAACGGCUCUCUCUCACCUCCCAUUCCCAGAGUGUCAAAUAAGGUUCCAGUGGUCCAGCCAUCUCAUGCGGUUCACCCGCUCACACCUCUGAUCACAUACAGCGAUGAGCACUUUGCCCCGGGUCCACAUUCGGGACACCACCCCCAGGACGUCAACCCCAAACAAGCAGGUAUGCCCAGGCAUCAUCCAGGACCUGACAUUCCCAAUUUCUACCCCCUCUCUCCGGGAGGAGUUGGACAGAUGACCCCCCCUUUGGGAUGGUUCUCCCAUCACAUGGUACCAGGCCCUCCUGGACCCCACGCCACAGGAAUCCCUCAUCCCGCUAUCGUCAACCCGCAGGUGAAGCACGAGCCGCAGCAUGAAACAGACCUGAUGCACAUGAAACCUCAACAUGAGCAGAGAAAGGAGCAGGAGCCCAAAAGACCUCACAUCAAGAAACCUUUAAAUGCUUUUAUGCUAUAUAUGAAAGAGAUGCGCGCCAACGUGGUGGCGGAAUGCACGCUGAAGGAGAGCGCCGCAAUUAAUCAGAUCCUCGGCCGGAGGUGGCAUGCUUUAUCUCGGGAAGAGCAAGCUAAGUAUUACGAAUUAGCCCGUAAGGAACGGCAGCUCCACAUGCAGCUCUACCCAGGAUGGUCUGCCAGAGACAAUUAUGGGAAGAAGAAGAAGCGGAAGAGGGAAAAGAUCCAGGAACCUGCCCCAGGUACAGGCCAGAGAAUGAAAACGGCGUACAUCUGAACAAUGGAGGAAAGCGAACCACUUUUUCCUCUUGCAAAGCAAAGACAGCAGCUACAGGCCCCCUUUUAGAAAUGGAAGCCUGCUAGAUUCCUCAACCUUUCACCCCUCCAUCACCUCUUGAUCCCUGCGGAAUUUCCAGAGGGUCCCGGUCCCUGAAUCUGCUCCUCGGCCGCAGGCGCUGCUGUAGAGACGUUGAACUGAGAACUGACAAUCACCAACACAGACCCUCACGCAGACCCGUGAAUAACUCGUUUGAAUGUUCCUUUUCAUUUCUGUCCUUAAUUCACUCCCAAACGCCUUUGGCAUUGCACUGAUUAUGCUCUUUGACCAUUUGUAAAGCGCACAUAUGGCCACAUGUAAACAAUCACACACGUCCCUACACCUGUUCCUAAGUUAUUCUAAGUUAUUUGGCACCUCUGUGUUUUUGUGUUCACUAUGUCACUCCCUCACUUCCUUUCAUGGCCCGUAAAAUGUAGCAUCGCAGGGGCUUGAUGAACCUCACGACAGUCUGUCGCAACAUUUAGGAAUCACGCAUUGCCCUGGAAAUGAUCUCUGUAGGUUCCGUUUUGACACAUUGGUGCAAAAAAUUAUCAAUGUUUCGAUUAAUCUUUUACAUCUUAGGUUCAAGUUUAUUUUGAAUGCUUUUUUUAAUUUUUUUUUUAAUU